AUGAUCUCCAUUAUUGCACAAACGGCUGUUCAAGCGGUAACACAGCCUGAAGAUGUGGCUUCAGUAACAACCUUGUACGAAGUUUUCGGGGCUAUUGGAGGAGCUAUUGGCAACGCUUUAUCCGGUAUCAUCUGGACCGCUCUCCUCCUCCCACGACUACGCAUUAACCUUCCGGCUGCAGCGCAGUCGGCGGCUACUGAGAUAAAGAAUUCCUUCGUAGUGGCCUCAUCAUAUUCUCCCGGAAGUCCGGAAAGGAUCGCUAUUGAUAAGAGUUACACUGAAGUUAUGCACGUCCUUCUCAUUCUAGCGUUGGCAGUAUUGUCGGUGCCGUUCUUCGCAAUGUUUGCGAUGAAGGAUGUGAAUCUAAAGAAGAACGGAUAA